AUGUUGAAGCCGACAAGAUUGUUACUACUAGGUGCACCUGGUUCAGGAAAGGGUACCAUUUCGAAAAGGCUCUUGAAGAAAUUUCCCCAAUUGCAGUACAUCUCCUCCGGUGAUGUGUUGAGAUAUCAGAUAGCCAGUGGGACAACGAUUGGAAUUAAAGCCGAAAAAUAUUUGAAAAAUGGGGCAUUGGUACCAGACCCAGUGAUGGUACGAUUGAUUACAGAUCAGUUACAAACUCAUAAUUGGUUGAACAGUGAAGCAAGUUGGUUGUUGGAUGGUUUUCCACGUACAAGUAAUCAAGCCGACCAAUUGAACGACGUGUUGGAUAAGUAUGACUCAAACUUAAAUUUGGUUGUUGAGUUGGACGUUGAUCAGAAGGUUAUAUUGCAUAGGAUAGAGUCAAGAUACGUUCACCUAUCAAGUGGAAGGAUUUAUAAUUUGGAUUACAAUCCACCCAAAGUGCCUUUCAAAGAUGACGUAACUGGGGAACCUCUUACGAAGAGAGAAGAUGAUAACGCCGAGAUAUUCCAAAAGAGGUUGGACAAGUACAAUGAAAAGAUUGGUGCACUACGUGAGUUUUAUCAGGAACAAGGGGUAUGGAGGGUUGUUUCCGGUAACACCAGUGACAUUAUCUACCCUCAAGUUGAAAAGUUAGUAAAUGUAUAG